AUGGUUGCAGCCAUUGGUCAAUAUGAGCCACAUUUUCCCAUUCCUAGCUAUCAUGACAUCAGAGUUCCACUCCUGAAGAAGGAAGUUGAAUAUACUGAAAAUUUGAUAAAAGGCCACAGGGAGCAAUGGGUUAAGAAUGGUUGUACUAUUAUGUCUGAUGCAUGGACUGAUCGGAAACAAAGAUGCAUCAUUAAUUUUUUUAUUAACUCUCAAGUUGGUACCAUGUUUUUGAAGUCUGUUGAUGGCUCUGAUUUUGUAAAGACGGGUGAAAAGAUUUUUGAGUUGCUUGAUGCCACUUGGAAGGAAGUUGGAGAAGAGAAUGUUGUUCAAGUUGUAACCGAUAAUGGGAGCAACUAUGUUUUAGCGGGUAAGUUGUUGGAGGAGAAAAGGAAACAUACUUAUUGGACUCCUUGUGCAGCUCAUUGUAUUGAUUUGAUGCUUGAAGAUAUUGGGAAACUUCCCUUGAUAAGGAAGACAAUUAGAAGGGCAAUUAAUCUAGUUGGGUUUAUCUAUGCCUAUUCUAGUACCUUAAGUUUGUUGAGAAAUUUUACAAACAAGAGGGAAUUGGUGAGACAUGCUAUUACUAGAUUUGCCACUUCUUAUCUAACCUUAGAAAGGCUCCACAAAGAGAAAGCCAAUAUUAGAAAGAUGUUUACUUCUGAUGAAUGGACUUUGAACAAGCUAUCUAAGGAGCUUAAGGGAAAAGAAGCUGCAAAGGUAGUGCUCAUGCCUUUUUUUUUGGAAUAG